UAAAAACGACGUUCUGUCACAGCGCUCGGAGAAAAAUUCUAUAAUUAGCUCGACAAUUAGCUAUCGUUAGUUCAAAAGAAGUCUAAACAUCGCAUUCAAGUGUUGUUUUUAAGUUUGAAAGCCACAAACUCUCCAAGAUGAGCGAACAGCUUAAACUGAUCGUCGAACAGCUGAACAGGGAACCUUUUAAGAAAAACUUCAAUCUCAUUACAUUCGACUCUCUGGAGCCGAUGCAGUUACUGCAGACUUUAAAUGAUGUUCUGGCUGAAAUUGAUCCAAAGCAAGCCAUUGAUAUACGUGAGGAAAUGCCUGAGCAGACAGCUAAGAGGAUGUUUACUCUUCUUGGGAUGCUAAAAUACAAACCUCCCGGAGGAAUGUCUGAAGUAAGCAGUUUUCGUCAGGGUUUGGUGAUAGGCAGUAAGCCUGUGGUGCACCCCAUCUUGCACUGGCUGUUACAGAGGAUUCCAGAGCUGAAGAAGAGAGCGUACCUGGCCAGGUUCCUCGUCAAACUAGAGAUCCCUGCUGAGUUUCUCCAAGAUGAUAUCAUUGCUGAGACCUUCCACCAGUAUGAGGAGCUGGUGGGGGGAUUCAAGAACAUCCACAAAGAGUGUGAGCAGCUGAAGAGCUCAGGUUUCUCCACCGCUGAGAUUCGACGGGACAUUGUUGCAAUGGAGGAGGAGAAGGAUCAACUCAUAAAAAGGGUGGAGCGGCUUAAAAAGAGGGUGGAGGCAGUGUCAAACCAUCAACGCAUGCUGGAACUGGCCAGACAGCUAAGAGUGGAAAAAGAAAGAGAAGAAUCUCUCGCUCAUCAGAAACAAGAGCAGAAGAACCAGCUCUUCCAGGCAGAGCAGAGACUGCAGAGAUGUCAGAUCCAGCUUAGAGACUUGCAGCAGGCAGCCGCAGAUGAAAAGCCAGAGAGCCUUAUGAAGAGACUCGAGGAGGACAUUAAGUUCAACUCCUACAUGGUGUCUGAGAAGCUGCCCAGAGAGCUUGAGAACACAAGAAAGGUGGUGCAGUACUUGCAGAAGGUGGCGUCUGAGCCUGCUUUGGGCCAAGCAGAACUGAGGGAGCUGGAGGACAAGAUUAGAGAAAUCAACACCGAAAUCAACCAUCUGAUUGAGAAGAGGAUGAUGCGUAACGACCCAAUGGAUGAUAAACUCUCUUUGUUCAGACAGCAGGCUGCUAUUAUAGUCCGUAAGAAGGAAACCAAGGUGGAGGAGUUACAGGAGGCCCGUGAGGAGUUGGCGGCUGUGGAGAGAGAACUGAACAUGAAGAGCAGUCGGGCACGAGAGCGGGGUGGAGCAGAGUUGAUCCAUGGAGAUGAGUUUAAGCGUUAUGUGGCCAAGAUGCGUGGCAAGAGCAGCACUUAUAAGAAGAAACGGCAGGAGAUCGCUGAGCUGACGGUGGAGUAUGGUGUCCUACAGAGGACUCAAGAGAUCCUGAAAGAGAGACACACAGCUGGACAACAGCAGCUGGAGUCUCUGGAGGCUCAGCGGGGGAUCUCGGGCUACAGCGAUACUCAGGAAGAGCUGGAGAGAGUCUCCGCUAUCAAGAGCGAGCUGGACGAGAUGAAGGGACGAACGCUGGACGAUAUGUCUGAAAUGGUAAAGAAGCUGAAUUCGGUGAUAGCAGAGAAGAAGUCUGCUUUGUCUCCUCUGAUAAAGGACCUGAGAGCUCUGAGACAGGAACACGCGGAACUCGCUCCAGAGUUUGAGCAAAAGAAGGCUCAGUAUGACACCUGUGCUGCAGGACUGGAGAGCAAUAGGUCCAAGCUGGAACAGGAAGUGAGGGUACUUAGGGAAGAGACGGCACAGGAAGAAAGCCGAUAUCAUCACAUUAACUGCAUGAGAGAGAUUACUGAGAGUCAAAUGGAGAGGGCGGCAGAUCAGAGUAAGAUUUAUCAGUCAAUGGAUUUACAGGUGCGGAGGACGGCUCUCAGAGAGAAGUACAUCACGAACACGGCAGAGCAAGAGUCCUUGGGCAAGGUUCUACGUCAGCAGGUGAAGCAAGUGCGAGAGAACCAGGAGCCCAAUAUGAGACAGAUGAAGAUGUGGAAGGACCUAGAGACUCUGUUGGAGUGCAAGAAGCAGUGCCACCUCAAGGCUCAGAGUCAGGCCCCUAUUGGGCACGUCAUCCAGGAUGUUGGCAAGGAUAUGCUGGUUCUGUGAUGCCAUUUCCCUUGUAAAAGUUGUUUUUCUGGUCAUUACUAUAUGAAUUAUAUAAAUAACUGUAUACAUUGUUUAAUAUGUAAAGUAGUGUGUACGUUAAUUUGUAUGUUAAGAAAUAGUUCACCCAAAAAUAAAAAUUUUAUGAAAAAUAA